AUGGCUACAAUCAACCCUGCCAGCGCCACGUCGGCCACCAUCAGCCAGCUGUUAGUAAAGCUGAGCGACUCGGACCCCGACUAUCGCUUCAUGGCGCUGAACGAUCUGCUAUCAGUCCUGGUUAGCGGCCGGCCAGAGAUUCUGCAAAACGACUACAACACGGCCGCACGGACAGCGGACCAUCUGGUCCGGGCCCUGGACGACCAGAACGGCGAGGUACAGAACCUGGCGAUUAAAUGCCUCGGAGGUCUUGUGCACAGACUGCCAUCGCCAAAUAUCGGGCCGCUCAUCGAAAAGCUGUCGACGCUGAAGCUGAGAAACUCGGUGGACACGGCGGUGCAAUCGCUGGCACUCAUUACGGUGAUCGCAGCACUACCUAGCCCGACACCGGGCGACCCGCCGUCCAAGGACACGGUGGAGGCAUACAGCAGCAUCAGCCGGAUGCUCAUCCCACGGCUCAUCGGCCGUCCGGUAUCGUCGGUGAAGCCGACAAACGCCAAGAACCUGCGCCACGCGUCUCGUAUCGAGGACAUGCUGGAGGUCAAUAGCAGCAUCGACAUGACGGCUGAGGCGGUGGACGUGCUGAUCGAGGUGGUGCGGUCUUUUGGGAUCCUGCUGCAGCCCGUGGAGGUGGAGGCGCUGCUGGACGUGGUGGUGGCGGUGCUGCACGACAGCCGGGCGAGCUCGGUGACGAAGAAGCGGGCGGUGGUGGCGGUGGUGAUCCUGGCGGUGUACCUCCCGGACGAGGCGCUGUCGGGCUUUAUCACGCAGACAGCAGACGUGCUGAACAGCGAGACGGUGUCGCCGGCGACCCAACGGCUGUACAUUUCGAUUUUGGGCUCGAUGGCGAGAUCGAUGGCGGUGCGGUUCCGCAGCUACAUCAGCAUUGUUGUGCCGUACACGUUGCAAGCGCUGGACCAGGAGCAGCUGGACGCGCAGCUGGAGAAGAUCGGAGAGGGCGACGACUCGGGCGACUUUAACGACGUGCGAGAGUCGGCGCUAGUGGCGCUUGAGGCGUUUCUGGCGUCGUGCCCGAAGCAGAUGCGUGCGUUCACGACGGAGACAAUGGGAGCGUGUCUGCGCUAUCUCAACUGGAAGGUGCGGCGGUGUGCGGCGAAGGCGCUACACACGCUGAUCUCGACACGGAGCAGCGGCGACCUACUGGAGAACGGAUUGUUGUACCGGGUGGCGGCGCCGGCGCUGAUCCGGCGGAUCCAGGAGCGGGAGGAGAACGUGCGGCUAGAGGUGAUUGCGGCGUUGUCGGUACUGGUGCGCAAGACGGGCGAGGGGAUGAUCCCCGAGUUUUCUCUGGACGGCAGCGACGGACAGGAUGAGAUGGCGCAGCUGCCGCAGAGCCGCAAGCGGCGGAGACAAAGCAGCUCGGUGGGCGGCAGGGCGUUGGGAGGGAGCGGCAGGGGCGAGGGCGAGGUGUCGUCGCCGACGCUGGAGCGGGCAACGAUUCCGGCGACUGGGCCGCGUGCCGACCUAGCGGAGAAGACGCCAUCGAUUGUGGCUGCGUGCACGAAGCUGCUCAAGGGCAAGCAGAUACCGACGAAGCAGGCUGUGAUCAACCUGCUAAACGACAUUGUGACGGUACAGCGUGGAGGGCUGUCGGAGUACCUGGAGCAGAUCCUGGAGCCGGUGAUCGAGGCGGUCAAGCCGGCGACGGCAGCGGGUACGUCGGGUUCGCUAUCGGUGGGCGGCGGCGGUGGUGGUGGUGGUGGUGGUGGCGGCGGUGGCAACGCGUCGGCGACUCCGGCGACGCUGCGGGUGGCGUCGCUGCGGUUGAUGGGCCACAUUGUGAGCAUGCACGUGUCGGUGACGCUGCAGCCGUACCUAAGCCGGAUUGUGGACGGGCUGCUGGCAGUAGUGCACGACCGGUUUUACAAGAUCUCGGCAGAGGCGGUGGGAGCAAGCGAAGAGGUGGUGCGGGCGAUCACGCCGCCUCGGGCGCGAGCAUCGGUGGCGUCCAAGUUCAAGCCGGAGCUACAGAAACUAUACGGUGUGUUGAUGGACCGGACGACCGGGUCGGACGUGGAUGCGGAGGUGCGGCAGAAGGCGAUCCACGCACUGGGCACACUCCUGUCCCACACGGGGUCGGCUGAGGGAGCCGGGCUGGUGUCGAUUGAGAAGCGGGCGGCAGCUCUAGAGGCGCUGCUGGAGCGGCUGCGCAACGAGACGUCACGGCUGGCAGCGGUGCGGGCAAUCGACACGGUGGCAGCAUCCGACCCAGGCUCGGGCUUAGGAUCACGCUUCGAGGCCGGCUGGGUGCGGCAGGUAGCGUUGGAACUGGCAGCACAGCUGCGCAAAGCCAACCGGUCGCUGCGCGGGUCGAGCAUCCAGGCACUGCGCCACCUGGUGCAGAGCCCAGAUGCACAGGGGCAGUUGGACGUGGCGACAGUGGAAGCGUUGGUAGCAGCGCUGCAGCCGGUAAUCACAGACAGCGACCCACACCUGCUGAGCCCGGCGCUGCGGAUCUUGGCAGUGCUGGCACAGGAGCAGGCGCAGCUAGCGGUGACCAAGGAGAUGAUCGGAUCGCUGUGUCGGCUGCUGCAGAGCAGCGUGGCGGCGACGGUGUUGGAGCCACUGCUGCAGCUGGUGACGGUGGUUGGACGUAGCGGACAGGGACAGCCGCUGAUGGCCGGACUGCUGCAGGACGUGGGGAUCGCGGGCGACCCGGCAGUGGUGGGCAAGGUGGUGGGUAACCUGCUGGUGGCAAGCGGCAGUUCUGCUGGCGUGACGAUCGACAGCUUCAUCAAGGAGACGCAGACGUCCAGAGCAGACCCGUUGCGGGCGAGCCUGGCGCUGGCCGUGCUGGGCGAGGCAGGCCUGCGACUGGGCCGGCUGGGAGCGACAUCGCCGAUCGAACCGACGCUGUUCCUGGAGCAGUUUGCGAGCGAGUCAGACCAGGUGUCAGUGUCAGCAGCAGUGGCUAUGGGCCGAGCGGCAGCCGGCAACGUGGGGCUCUACGUGCCGGUGAUACUGCGGGAGAUGGCGAGCGGCAGUAGCACGCAGUACCUGGCGUUGCAGUCGGUCAAGGAGACGCUGCAGCAGGUGGCUGUGGACCGGACGGACAUCAACGCAUACACGGCAGCGAUCUGGGCACAGCUGCUGCAGGCGGCCGGGACGGAGAACAACAAGGCGGUGUGCGCCGAGUGUUUGGGCCGGCUGGCGAUUAUCGCGCCAGCGACGUUUGUGCCGCGUUUGCACGAGCUGCUGCAGGACCAGGGCCAGCAGGCGUCGCGGGCCAUCGCGGUGCAGGCGCUGCGCUACACGCUGCCCGAGUCGGGUGAGGCCUUUGACGCAGUGCUGGGCGAACACCUGGGGGCGAUGCUGAAGACGGCCCUCAGCGACGGCGACAUGGAGAUCCGGCGGCUGGCGAUGACAGCGCUCAACUCGGCGGCCCACAACAAGCCGGAGCUAAUCCUGGGACAGCUGGGCGAGCUGCUGCCGUAUAUCAUGGACGAGUCGCGGGCGAAGCCGGAGCUGGUGCGCGAAGUGCAGAUGGGCCCGUUCAAGCACCUGGUGGACGAUGGGCUGGAGGUGCGCAAGGGUGCGUACGAAACGCUGUAUGCGCUGAUCGAGACGGCGUUUUCGCGCAUCAGCCUGAUCAGUCUGUUUGAACGCGUGAUCGACGGCCUGGCCGACGACCACGACAUCCGUGCCAUGUGCAACCUGAUGCUCUCACGGCUGGCCUAUGUGGCCCCGGCCGAGACGGCGCGCCAGCUGCCCAGCAUUGCCGACAAGUAUCGCGUCAUCCUCUCGACCAAGCUCAAGGACAACGCCGUCAAGCAGGAGCACGAGAAGCAAGAGGACGCUAACAAGAGCGUGUUGCGUGCCACGCUGUUGCUGGCCGACCGCCUGCGGGCCCUUACUGGCGAGGGCUCCAGUGGAUCGACCAAUCCCGGUGGUACCUCUGUUUCGGGCACUUCUGGCCUCGGCCCCAACAACAAGUGGUCCCAGUACUGGGACUGGGUCAACAAGACGUUUGACGCCCAGCUGCGCGUGCUCCGCGACGAGAACCGCGAGCUCGGCACGUCGCUGACCGCCUUUUAG